AGCGUCCUCCGGAGCGCAGAUCUGGGCAGACCGAACAGAACACCUCCGUGUUUCGACUCUCGGGUCCAGAUAUGUGCGCAGGCUGAGACACGCUGUCUGUGCGCCCACUUUGGUGCGUUUAACGCAGCGCCGCAUGGAUAAAAAGCGCACAGACCGUCAGUUUAGUCGCCGCUGAAUGCUGAUUCUUGAAUAAAGCUCUGCGCGUGUACCUGUCCGAUGGCGUCCCCUCACGCAGUGUGACACAUCAUGGCUCCGUUGCUGAGUGGAGUGUGGUGGGGGCCGGAGGCGGGCAUCGCAGGCUCAAAGGUGGCCGCUGCUGGAGGCGCGGCGUCAUGGGUGAACGGCGGGCAGUUGAUCCUGGUUGGCACCCUCAGUGCCUUCACCGCUGUGCUGUUACUGUCUGUGGUGCUGCUGCUGUGCGCCAGCUGUCAGGGGCAGAAAAAAGCCGGCAGUGGACACCCAGCAGCAGACCACGAGAACCUCGUGAACGGAAUGUCAGAAAGAGAGACCAUCAGCCAAUCAGCAGACAGUCCAGGUACUGACAUGGCUGUUAGCAGCUCUCACAACGGACCUCUAACCAGCGGUACAGUUCUUACAGACACACAGGACAUCAGUCCACAACCUUCAGAGGACAUGCUGUCCAGCCAGUCAGAGCUCAGAUCCUCAAAAUGUCCUCAGGACCGCGAGCUGCCCAGCAUCCCCGCCAACAAUGGCCUCAUCGUGGACGGGCCCCCGCCUUCAGGGGACAGCACAUACGAGGUGGUGAAGGAGAUCGCGGUGGCGUCCCGUGAUGUCAGCGUUGAGGACUCACUGUAUGAGACGGUCAAAGAGCUCAAAGAGCUGCCCGUGCAGCACAAUGUCCCCAAAGGCUUUGUGCAGCUGAGCCCCGAUGACCGGCCCCAUCAUCAUCCUCCUGCCCUCCUCAACGGCCACCUGAGCCCCUGCACCCCUGAGCGCCUGCCCCUGAGUGCCGCGGUGGAGUAUGCCUCUGUGGAUCUGAAUAAAAAGAGCCGCCACAGCGCUGACAUGGAGGCCAAAAGGCACACAGAUGGUGCCAGUGUUUCUUCUGACAGGCCUAUGGAGGAAUGUGAGGAGGACCUACCUCCGCCGGUACCAGAGAAGGUUAUGGAUGAAAGUGACAACCAGCCAGUGGUGAUGAAUGGGCUGGCGGGGGCCAGCCUUCACAAUGGAGAGGUACAGUCCCCUUUAUCUCAUGCACCAGAGAUCAACAACCACAUUCUAUCAGACAAUGAGGCGGCAGUCUAUUCUACAGUCAACAAAACAAACUGUUGUGGUGCUGCAAACGAAGAAGACAAGGAGCACGACUAUAGCAGCAUUGCAGAGAUCAAAGGUCUCAUUCCUGCAUCCUCUUCCAACGACCUCUACGCCACCGUACGAGACGUAUACAACCAGCCAGACGCCCCCCACCCAGGGGAAGACCCCAACCCGGACAGCACAGACCCUGGCUAUGAGGCAAUUCGCAUCCCUAAGACUGGUAGCUCUGAGAACGGCCACAGGGCUGGGUGGGGACCAGAGGGCCCUGAUGGUGCUAAGGCGGAGCCUGACUAUGCCAGUGUUGGAGAAUUGGGUCUGAGCCGGGAAACAUCUCGCCUCUGACUUUUUCCCCACCGUUCAUCUUCAUCAGCGGCGGUUAGGAAAACCAAGCUAACCAGUGCACUUUCUCUGCUUUGAAUAUACCCAUCAUGUUUUUGAUGCAUGACUUGGAGAAAUGGCUCAGCACAGCAUUCAUUGUCAUUCAUUGAGUGAUGGCUUCACAGCUUGGGUACGGUUUGUCAUAUCUGAACUUGGCUCCUUUGAAUUAACUGUGGCAAAGGUGUCAAUGACGCUGGUACUGCUUUUAGUUUCAGUACCUCAGUCACUUGAGGGAUACCAAGAGGAAGAAUGAAUUUUGGACAGUUUCUGCUGGAAAAACACAAAGAGUAUCAAAUCAUCCAGCAUUUCAAGGUUUGAUAUAAUCAGUGUUUGUGAUUGAGAACAACAACAAAGCACUCAGUGCCAUAUUGUCAUGAGUUCAUGCACUUACCGUAGGUUGAAGUUGACAUUAUCCAGAUGCCUCUUCUCCAGCUGCUAGUGUCUUUCUAUCCUCUUCCAACUAAAUAUCAUGUUUUACUGAGGUGUUAGAAAGUAUAGUUCAAGUCUGUUCUUAGUCAGGUUGGCAGUACCUCCACUGUGCAUCCACUGCUAGAAAUACAUAUAAAAGGAGUUCUUGGAAUGCCAGUGUGCACAUAAUGCAAAAUGCUUUGCCCAUCAUAUUUGUGCAUCUUGCAUUGUGAUUGGUUUCUCUAAAUCUGCCUAUAAUGUUGAGACAUUCUCAUGCAAAUGUCUACAUUUAAAUGUAGAAUUCUAUAUCUAAAUUAUUAGUCAUUUGCUUAAACAAAAGGUAGAACAGGUAGUUUCAUGAUAAGGAGUUGAACUCCCAAUAUGUAGACCUGGGUUCUGUUGUGAGUCAUGCUACUGGUCUUUUUUGUUGGACAAGACAGCACUUCAUCUGCAAUGUCCCAGUCCACACAGCUGUAAAUGGGUAGCAGACCCGGCUGAGGAAGUAACCUGUGUUGAACCAGGAGGAGUUGUAGACUCUCAUCUGCUUCAACCCUACAGAAUCUGGGGAUAAGCAAGGACACCAAUUGGUCUCAGGGCUUGUGUAGGACUUACUUCUUCUCAACAAAUGACAGGGUGAAAGUGUGGUCAGGUAGCGAUUUCACAGUGCAUUUGUAAAUGUUUUUACAAUCCUUCCCAAUUUUUUUUGUGAACUCAUAUUUAUUUGAUGACAUGUUUUGCUGCAUAAUUGUGAAAUUUUAAAAAGUAUGUCUGUGAGAGCAAUGCCCAUGGGGUUUUAUAGCAGUUUCUAGCUUCUUCUUUUUUUAAGAUAAGUGAAAAUGGUUACUUGUGAGGACAGUGACAUCUAUAAAGGUACGUUUAGGCUUUUUUUUUUUUUUUUAAAGAUUUUUUGCUUUAAAAAGACAAAUGUUGCUAUGAUGAGACCAUAUUUACAUUGCAUGUCAUAUUUCUGAUAAUGUGCUUUUGUAGACAUUUGGAACAAGUCAAAACAAGACAUGUAAUAUGCAUUUUUUAAAAAGAGCAGCAAUUUUGCAUUUAUUUAUUAAUCAUCUAUAUUUUUGGCUGAUUUUUGACAAGUCUACUCUCGGUACAAUGCACAGUCCUCAGUUGGCAUUGCUUAAUAAAUUUUUAGCUAAAGCACAACAUUUAAUAUUAGGGUACUGCAUUCACGUGCAUCUUAUUGAAAGCAUAAUCUGUGCACAAUCUGAACAUCUAAUGCUUUUUAAACUUUCUAGUCGCACUCAGAUAACAGUUUUUCUUGUAUGUAGCUUGUACCAGCGACACGCUGUGUGUGAGGCUUGUAUAUUAUCAGUCGUUUGAAACAGCUCGUUGCUGGAGUAUUAUGUAAGUUUUUAUUAGUCUGUCCAAAAAAGUGGAUAAUUAUUGUUUUAAAAUAAGUCUGUUUUAGAAAUUUUAUAUAUGUCUGACAUGUUUUAGGGAAACUGCAUCCCUGUUGUUCAGUAGCCUUUACCUUGUAUUAUAACACAAGGUUGUUAAAUAGCUUUUGAGUAGUAACUAAUCAAAUAUUAGAAAUAUGGUACAAAGUUCUGGUACGUGCCUUUAGCAAACAGUAAAUGUGGUACUUUAAAAAGCAGAAUUAAUGUUGAUUAAUGUUUAGUUUCAACAGUGGUGGACGCAGUUGACCUAGAAGGUGGCUUUGAUAACCACUAAACCA